CGCCUUCUCCAGAGGAGUAUUAAAGCAGCUCUGGCUAACUUCGAGAGCGAAAGUUAAAAGUACUAAAGCUGAAGUCAACGCUGCCGACGACAAAAUGAUCAACUGGAACGUUUUGAACAAUGUCCCCGUCCUUCUCUACAUCCUUGCCCUGAAAACACUGCUGCUGUGUUUGGGGUUCGCUGGGGUGAAGAUCUACCAAAACAAGAAAGUCGAGGCGGCCAUGAAAAGGGAACAGGCGGAGAAAAGUAAGCUGGCCCAACGGACGCAGGAGCUCUUAGACAACUUGAAGGAAGACUGAGCAGAGGAGAGAAGCUGCUGAAAAACAGGGAAACCUUGUACCAACCAGAGUAUUGAAUCAUCUUCUCCAGAAUGAGCCAGACGCCUGACUGUUGGCAGUAGAUGGGCUUUUCUGUGCUUCAAGAAGUUGUUCGAGGUUCCAGUACUGGGACAGAUCACCACGUCAGUUUUAUACAUAACCAUAUUUUAAUAAGAUAAAAUGACUGCAGAUUACUGUGGAAUCUGCAAUGAGACGGAGAGGAUACUUUUAUUUAUUCAUUUAUUUUCCAUAAACAUGACCCCAGUGAAAGAAAUCGACCUAAAUGUAAAACACAAGCAUCAGCAUCAACUUGUCAUUUACUCCAGAUCCAGUCACAGACCCAGACUUUGCGAUGCACCAAUAUUGAUGAUAAUCAUAUAUUCAAUCAAUUCAUUAUUCAUAUCAUGUUAGAAAUAGUUUUUUGGAGUAGUUGAUGGUAUUUGAAGUGUGAGUUAUUUGAGUAAUAACUCUGAUUAGAAGAAACAGUCAGACCAAAUUUGGGGGACUUAUUAUUUAUUUUAUUAAAUCAUAGUUAUGUACAUAAAAUGCCAAUGGGUAAAAUGUACCUGCGGCUGUAUUUUGAUAAACAGCUGCAGGUACAUUUUACCCAUUGGCGGUUCUAGCAUUCAACUUUCAAUCAACACAUCAGCCUGAGGGAGCAUGCUAAGUCUGCGAUGGGAUUUACUGUACAUCUAAGUGUACACAUUUGUAUUUCAUUGUUACAUGUAUUUGUAAAAGAUAAACACUCAAUAAAUAAUGUUAAACAAGAAA